AUGAAAUUGUGGAGGAGAUUGCUUGCUGAAACCUACGGGACAGCUGCUCUUACAUUCGUGAUCUUUGCAAGUCACGGCAACGCAUUCGCGGUCGGAAUCGGCUUUUGGGUCAUCAUUGUCGGUACUGGGUUCAUUGGUGGAGCCCAUUUCAACCCUACAGUGACACUAGGCGCUCUCAUUAAGGAAUGGUGGUUUACCAAGACUUUGGAAAAGAGCUUCCUUAAAGAACACCUCUUAUAUUUCCUUUGCCAAAUCGUCGGAGCCUUUUUUGGAGCCCUUCUAGGCACUUUAAUUGCAGGCGGACAUUUCUAUGUCUUCGCCCCAAUAGAUACAAGCAAGCCAGAAGCUUAUUUAGCAGAGGCAGCAUUUACUGGACACUUGGUGCUUGUGGUCUUGGUGACCAGCGCUGUGUUGGACUCUACCAUUGCAGCUGGUAUGGCAAUUGCUUUUACAGUGCUUGCAGGAAUUAGGACAGUCGGAGGAAUUUCAGGAGGCUGCUUCAACCCUACAGUGUGCAUUGCAAUUGAUGUGGUCCAGGCAAUCCGCUUUAAAGCCGACAGAAAAAAAUUCAGGUAGGUUUUUUCCUUCUGCCUUUUUGCGAUUAAAAAUAACGAAGGAUUUUUUCCUUUUUUUUUCUAGAAAAAAAAAAGCAAUGGUUUUCAAAAAGUAUAUGGAAUAAAAAUAUCUGUAUUUUUCCUCUAUUUUCACAGGAAAAAACCCUUAUUUGUCAAAUUUUUUUAUCUAAAAAUCGCGCACGAAAAACCUCCUCUAUGAAAAGUAUUUUAUCGGGAUCUAAUUACCCAUCCGCUACAGUGACGACCCUAUUAACUAUUUGGAUAGCGUGCCUGUCUAUAUUAUUGGACCUCUUAUUGGAGUUGCCAUUGGAGUUCUGCUUGCUAUCAUUUUCUUGACUGAAAGAAAUGAAAAGAACGAAUCUUUUAUUAAGACUGAAGUUCCUAGCAUGGAUGCAGGCUUAUUUUCUCUUGCGAAAAAAGCUAAAUAA